AUGUCAAGAGUAGGUGUUAUGGUAUUAGGACCCGCAGGUGCGGGAAAGAGUACUUUUUGUAAUGAAAUUAUAUCACACAUGCAAACUAUUGGGAGAAGGGCUCAUAUUGUAAAUUUAGAUCCUGCUGCGGAACCAAACAAAUACGAAUUUACCGUUGAUAUCAGGGAUCUAAUUUCACUAGAAGAUGUAAUGGAAGAACUAGAUUUAGGGCCUAACGGAGCAUUGAUUUACUGUUUUGAAUACCUUAUGCAAAACUUAGACUGGUUAGAUGAAGAAAUUGGUGAUUAUAACGAUGAAUAUUUACUUUUCGACUGUCCUGGUCAAAUCGAACUUUAUACGCAUAUCCCAGUACUGCCCAAUAUUGCACAACAUCUGCAGAUAUCGUUAAAUUUUAGCCUCUGUGCAACUUAUCUGCUAGAAGCACCAUUUAUUGUGGAUAGUUCUAAAUUCUUUAGUGGUUCACUAUCAGCAAUGUCUGCGAUGAUUCUGUUAGAGUUACCGCACAUUAACAUAUUGAGCAAACUGGAUUUAAUUAAAGACGAAUACGGUAGGAAAAAAUUGAAAAGGUUUUUGAAUCCUGACCCACUGAUAUUGACAGAUGAAGCAAAUAAAGACACUAAUCCAAAGUUCCAUCACUUAAAUCAAUGUAUUGCUCAAUUAGUGGACGAUUUUGGUAUGGUCCAAUUUUUACCAUUAGAGGCUAAAAAUCCUGACAGUGUGAAUACGAUUUUAUCCUACAUCGAUGAUGUGACGCAAUGGGCUGAAAAUGUGGAACCAAAGGAACCUAACGAUCAAAUAGAAAUUGAUGAGAUGUAA